ACUAAUAGUUAAACAAAUAAAUUAUUGAACUGCAAACGAUUCUCUAUCGAUAUGGAGUGAAACUAUUGAGAAAUAUCAAGUUUUACAAUUAUCCGUCGGCCAAACUCAUUUUGCAUUUGUAAUUAUUUAUUUUGCAAUAAAUGAAAUCUAACCAAACAUUUCAAGCUCAGUAAAAUCAGGUACGAACCUAGGGCAAACGAUAGAAUUAUUUCAUUUUGUGAAAAGCAAUCGCCUGUCGGUUGUCUACAGACGAUUAUGAUAAGUUAUCACCAAUAUGAUCAGCUGAUCUGCUUCUAAGACGUAUUUGAGUUUAUUUUUACCCUUUGCCAUCGAUCGUUGGACGAUGAUCUCCAAUAAAAUCGUUAUUACUCCUGAUUAUUGAAUAAAAGCUCCCAAGUCAUGGCGACGAUGUCAUCAGCUACAGUGAUCUCCCCCAAAAGGUACUCAAUGUCAAACAGUGCUCGUCAGGGCAGUGUGUACGAUCUCGACAUAGACAUGUUCCUCAAGAUCUCCAACUACGAGGACACAGUGAGACAGUUGGACGUCUACUACGGCAUUGUAAAACGCCAAUUACUGAAUCACCAAAGCAGCAUCAAUGGCCUAUUCCCAGAGGUUUCAACUCACAAGAAAGUGGGAAGUGUCAAAGACAGCAUCUACUGUGCAUCAGCUAUCUGGAGUCUCUAUCAGGCAUACAGAAGAAUCGAUGACGACAGGGGAAAAUCCCACGAACUCGGCCAAUCAGCUGUGAAAUGCAUGAGAGGAAUAUUGGAGUGUUGGAUCAGACAGUCUGACAGAAUCGAGCAGUUCAAGCUGAAUCAGUGCAAUCGUUUCUCACUUCACUGUAAAUUCGAUCUCAACACUGGUGAUGAAAUAUUUGAGGACACUGACUACUUCCAUCUGCAGAUCGACGUUGUCUCUCUGUAUUUGAUAUUCUUAGUGCAGAUGAUAUCCUCUGGUCUUCAGAUAAUUUACACUCAGGAUGAGGUGGCAUUCGUGCAGAAUUUGGUUUACUACGUGGAGAGGGCUUACAGGACUCCAGAUUUUGGAAUGUGGGAGAGAGGAAGCAGAUAUAACGAUGGAACUCCAGAAAUUCACGCGAGCUCCAUAGGAAUGGCCAAGAGUGCCCUUGAGGCGAUAAAUGGCUGCAAUUUAUUCGGUGAGAAAGGCGCAUCUUGGUCAGUCAUCUACGUGGACAUCGACGCUCACAAUAGAAACAGAAGUAUUUUUGAGACAAUGUUACCUAGGGAAUCGUCAUCGAAGAGUGUAGACUCAGCUCUGCUGCCGACCAUCUCCUUCCCAGCUUUCGCCACUCACGAGGAGUAUUUGUAUAACGAAACGAAGUCGAAUGUAGUGAGAAAGUUGAAGGGAUCUUAUGGAUUUAAACGCUUCGGAAGAGACGGAUAUAAAACAGUCCUGGAGGAUCCGGAGAGAAGAUUUUAUAAAACUGGAGAAAUCAGGGAUUUUGAUAAAAUCGAGUGCGAAUGGCCCUUGUUUUAUAUUUUCAUGAUCAUCGAUGGGGUCUUCAAGUCGAUUCCUGAACAGGUGGAGGAGUAUCAGAAUUUGCUCAAGCCGAGGAUUCAUAAGGAUGCCAAUGGUGAUCCUGUUAUUCCGAUGUACUAUUAUGUGCCUGAGAAGAAUAUUGAGGCUGAGAGGAGUGAGCCAUCCAGCUCGUUUAAGUUGGCAAGUGUCGUGGGAAGUGGAAGUCGAGCUACUGGAGAAGACGAGGGGAAUGGAAUGUACCUGUGGAAUCAGUCUAUGUUUGUUAUUGCACAGCUGUUGACUGCUGGGCUGCUACAUAUCAACGAGUUGGACCCUAUUCGGAGGUAUUUGCCGUCUUAUAAUCGGCCCAGGAGAGCGGGCAGGUAUUCGGCUUUUCAGGCUAAGCCAACGAUUGGAACUCACUCAGACCUAGUGGUCCAGAUAGUUCUUAUAGCCGAAUCAAUGAGACUCCAAGCAAUGAUGGCAACAUACGGAAUUCAAACCCAAACUCCCCACGAAGUCGAGCCAGUGCAGAUCCUCUCGUCAGUUCAGUUAGUAAAAGUCUACAAAAAAUUGGGGAUAAAUCGAAAGUUGAAGCUCCAAGGUAGACCAGCACGUCCAAUAGGCUCCCUAGGCACUAGCAAAGUCUACAGAGUCUGCGGAAUGACAGUCCUCUGCUAUCCCCUGAUCUUCGAGGUCUCCCAGUUUUAUCUCUACCGAGACAUGGCUCUCCUGAUUGACGACAUAAAAACAGAGUUGAAAUUCGUUGGUAAAUAUUGGAGACUGUCAGGACGGCCGACAGUCUGCCUUCUGAUUCGCGAAGAACACAUGAGGGAUCCGCAGUUCAAGGAGAUGCUGGACCUCUUCGCAAUGCUGAAGAAGGGCUACUGUGAUGGGACAAAAGUUAGAAUCGGUCGUCUUCAGAAUCUCAUAUCGUCCUCCUGUAUUGAACACUUGGACUUUGUGAGCUCAAUGGAGACAGAUCUGGAGCUAUCACAAUUUAAGCAAUUGAAGCACGAUUACAUCGGAUACCAGAGCCUCACGGACGUUCCCAGGUCUCUGUCCUACGCAGAAGAGCUAAUUGACUGCUCGAAAUUUAGCAAUGAAUCCACUCCCAAUAUUCUCAACGAGGUACGAAGCACGUCAGGGCUGUAUGCCAAGUGUCAACUUUAUGGGAUCCUGUUGAAGAGGGAAGGGAUGAAGUAUGAGAUUGGUGGGAUGACAGUUGGAGAUCAUUUGAGAGCACUCUACCAGCAGGCUGGUAGUCUGAGGUACUGGAUGGCAGUGAGGUACUGCAGCAGUUUAUUGAAUCAUACUGUCGACAGCAUAAGUCCCUUCAUCACUGGUGUUCUCGUCAAAGGAAAACAAAUCACGGUGGGUGUCAUUGGACAGCAGGAGACCGUCUUUGAUAAACCAAUGACUCCAUCUGAAAUUCAAUCAGUCAUGUAUUCAACUAUUCAGCCCCACAAUGUUGUACAAGCUGUUCUCCAGCAGGAGAUUCUUCUGUACUGUGGAAGAUUGAUAGGCACAAAUCCUGACAUGUUCAAGGGAAUUCUGAAGAUCAGAAUUGGGUGGGUAUUGGAGGCCAUCAGACUGUACUUGGAGCUAUUUGUGAAGAAUCCUAAGCCCAUUGAGAACUACAGUCCCUAUGAAAUCAGGAGAAUUUUGAUCAAAGUGCUGACUGUCAAGGAUUGGGCCUCCAGAGAACAUCUGACUGUCAUCAGUAGAAGGAAAAUUGAGGGUAGUCUCUGCAGAGUUCCUCCUCAUUUUUAUAAUCAAGUCUGGGAAGUCCUGAUCAGAUGUCCAGGGGGCAUCAAGGUCAAUGGGAAAGAGCUACCUCAGCAACCCACUUUGUCUAAUAUGACAAGAUCUGAACUGACUUUUGCGCUCUUGGUCGAGUCGAUACUCCAUCAUAUUCACCUACCUGAGUAUCGGCAGAUUGUUGUUGAGCUACUGAACAUUGUGUCGGUUAUUUUAAUGAGAAAUCCGGAGCUUAUGUUCCAGAGAGAGUUGGAUCUCAACGUACUGGUAGAGGACGCUUUCACGAUGUAUUGUAAAGAUCACAAUAUUGAGAGGAGUUCUGACAUGUCCUCAUUCUUUGCGGCUCAUUACUCAGUGACCACUGGGUAUCUUGCCAGGGCGGUUGUUAAUAAUGUUCUCACUGGGGGAUCCAUGGUAACACCCAUUGAUUUUGACUCGCCUCAGGAGACCUCGGAGACAUGCAAUGUCAGUUAAUAAAUUUUAGUGACGAUUGUGUAGAUAAUUUUAAUUAAUUCAUUUGGUAUAGAAAAAUCUUGUGCAACUUGAAAAUUUAUUCUCUUGUGUAUUUUAAACGGUUUCUGCACUCGACUGGAAUAUUCUGUGCCAUAUAUGUAAAAUACAAUACUCUUUAUUUUUGGACGGUUUCAAUGGGUAUUGAUAAUUACUUGUAAAUUGCUGUGAAUUUGAAAUUAUCGUUUUUAUUGGAAAGUAUUAAAGUAUUUAAAGUUAUGGAUUAGAGAA